AUGGAUGACGAAACAACCACUGACCUCCCGGAGCAACUGCGCGCGCUACUCGACUUCCUGGACGCUGAUCAUCGGCCCAGCAUCGUUCUGGAACCUCGACGCGACGCGCACGAGGCAUUCUGCAAGGUCGUCGGGAAGAGCCAGGCAUUCCAAAAGCAGGCGCGGCCCGACGAUGAACUCGAAGAUGUGCGCCAGGCCGUGCAAAGGACGCUGGCCUGGAAGCUCCAUGUCUCGGCCUUGCACGGCAUCGAACUCGCCGGCAAGAGAUGGCAGACGCGCAUAGCAGGAGGCCAUUGUAUUAUUGCAGUGAACGGACUUUCAACCAUGCUUGGCGAGCAAAAUGGCAAGAAUGCGAGGAAGUACCUGGACUGGACACAGAACGCUAUACCCAACAUGUCGCCCUGGGUGCAGUUCGUGCGUGACGUCGACUGGGCUGCCACGAGCGUUGGUCCUAUGCAUUCUUGGCCGCUGCUCCUGCGGCAACCUGCGUCGCUUCUGGACGCCUGGACCGAGCUCAAGGAGAAGAAGAAUCCUAUCGCGAUUGAGUAUCGAUUGAAGAAGCCGUGGACUUCGCUUGACAGAUCCACCGGACAAGAGCUAUCUGGCGAGACAUGGCUCAUGGCUACUGCAUUUCCUGAAAUCGAGGCGGAUGCAUUGAGCCAACACCCUAGUCGCUUAUUACAGGUUGUCAUCAACCUUUUGACCAACUCCAUCAAGUUCACGCAGCACAGCGAAGUCCGAAACAUCGAGAUCUGUCUUGGAGCAUCAUAUCAACGUCCCACAGGCAGACACCACGGCAUUUCCUUCGUGCCUCCAAGACUAUCACGCUCCUCUCGCUCUCCGUUCAUCGAGCUAGAAGGUGCGGACGACAUCUAUCUUCAGGUUGCCGUCUACCACACCGGGCGGGGAUUGACUGACGAUGAAAUGAAGCUGCUCUUCCAGCGUUUCCAGCAGGCCAGCCCAAAGACGUACAAGCAAUACGGUGGCAGUGGUCUCGGUCUUUUCAUCAGUCGAGAGCUCUGCGAGCUGCAAGGUGGUCAGAUCGGCGUCUCGAGUGGCGAGGGCAAGACGUGCUUCACAUUCUUUGUCAAAGCCAAGCGAUGGACGCCUGAAAGUGAACUUCAGCCUGCAAAGGCCAAUCUGAACAACAAGUUCACGAGCAACGCGGCUAGUCCAAUGGCUUUCGGUCGUCGAGGCAGCACAGUACUCGAGACUGCAACGAAUCAGCUUGGCCAUGGGUCCGGCGAUGAAGACCCCGAAUGCGAGAAGUACGAGCCCAUGUCAGCAACUCAGUCAACAACAUCGAAAUCCACGACCAAGCCUGCCAAAGAGUCGACGAAUCCGGUCAAAGAUAAUCUGAUCAACCAGAAGGUCAUGUCCCAGCAAUUGAAACGAGCCGGAUGCAUAGUUCACGUUGCAAACCAUGGCGUGGAAUGUCUCGACUUCUUGGAGAAAUCAACUUUCUGCGCUGCAGAGACGCCACUCAGCAUCAUUCUUCUGGAUCUCGAGAUGCCGAUGAUGGACGGUCUCACUGCGAUAAGGCAUAUCAGAAAACGUCAAAGGACCGGUCAGAUCAAUGGUCACAUCCCGGUCAUUGCGGUCACUGCCAACGCAAGGUCGGAACAGAUAUCGCAGGCUGUCGAUGCUGGUAUGGAUCAGGUUGUUACGAAGCCUUUCAGGAUCCCGGAGUUGGUGCCGCAGAUGGAGGCGUUGGUUAAAGAGCUGAGUCAGGUCAAUGGAGGCUGA